AUGGACUCUGCUCCAAUCACCGCAGCUCGCAUCAACAAGUUCUCGGGAACGAACUUCCACACAUGGAAGGUCAAGAUGCAGAUGGUACUGGAGGAGCGAGAUCUGUGGGACGUCGUGAGCGGCGAGGUCAAGCUCGAGAACUGCACCAGCAAUCUUGAUCAAGCAACGUUCAAGUGGAAGUCGCGAAAGGCGCUAGCUAUCAUCUGUCUCGCAAUGGAGGAUUCGCAGUUGCCACUGGUUCGCUCGGCGAAGGACGCGCAUGAUGCAUGGUCACGUCUGGAAGGACACUACGAGAAGGAGAGCUUGGCCAACAAGCUCUUCCUUCGUCGUCGCUUCUUCACGACAAUGAUGGGAGAAGGUGAUGACGUGCUUGAGCACAUCAACAGACUCAAGACUCUGGCGGAGCAGCUCGACGCAGUUGGUGCUCCGGUAAGCGAGGACGAGUUGGUCAUCACGCUUCUAGCCAGUCUUAGCGAGUCGUAUCAGUUCCUGAUUACAGCAUUGGAGUCGAGAGCCGACUCCCUCACGUGGGAGCUAGUGACGUCUCGGCUGUUGCACGAAGACAUGAAGCGCAAGGAGCAAGGUGGCGGAAUUGAAGGAUCCGCGCACAGUCAAGCUCAAGCAUUCAUGUCUCGAGAUAACAAGCGCAAGGCUCGACCGAUGAAGAAGACCGGUGCGUGCCACAAGUGUGGAAAACAAGGACACUGGAUUGCGGAAUGCCCUUCGCGGAUCCAAGAAGACGCUGGUAGACAGAGGUUCCAGCGUGCGAAUAUCGCGCAAGAAGAAGAGCUUGGCGAUUAUCUUUUCUCGGUUGGUGGUGACAAGACCAAGUCGAGCAACAUGUGGCUGGUCGACUCGGGUGCGACGCAGCACAAGACAAAUUCAAAAAGGUUCAUGAGGAACUACAAGGAUUUUGGCCCUGUGGAUGUACAUCUUGCUGAUGACGGUGUGGUCCAAGCAAUUGGAAAAGGUGACAUCGUUAUGUCAAUGAAGACUCACCGAGGGGUCAAGAAGGGUGUGCUCACGGAUGUGUGGCAUAUCCCAAAGUUGUCGCGCAACCUGUUUUCUGUUGGCCGAUUCAUCAAGGACGUUGGACCGGUCACAUUCGAGGUUGAUGGUUGCUUUGCUGAUACAAAGGGUUUAAGUGGAAACUCGGCGAACUCGAAGGAAAAGGACUGUUCAAGCUCUGUAUAA